AUGAACCUCUCAGCACUCGUUAUAUUGCUGCUACUAUCGCUAACCGACAGAGUAUGGUCCCAAGGUGAAUUCGGUGGAUUUAACCCUAAUAAUAGCUCUUUGUCGUCAAACCAGCAACCAACAUCUACUGGUCCAUCGUCACCAACUCAAAGUUCCUCAAUCACAAGCACUGGCGGAAGUAGGAGCGAUCCUUUCAGUUCUGCAAGCAGUAGUGAUAGCCCGAGCGGUGUUACCAGUAGUACGCUGCCAAGUUCCGAUUCAAGUGACUCUAGCAGUGGUUCUUUGUCACAGACUUCUACACAACCAAGUGCGACGGGAACUUCUAGCUCAGCUCCUCAGAGUUCCAGCUCACCUGAAAGUUCCAAUUCAGUUUCGCAGAGUUCAAGUGGCUUUUCAAGUGGUUCUAGUUCAGGAAUAACAAGUUCAAGCUCAGGUUUUAGCACUUCAUCAAGUCCAAGCGGUUCAAGUUCAGUACCAAGAAGUUCAAGUUCCGGUUCUAGUACACCUUCGAGUUCUUCGGCAGUUUCUUCGAGUGGAACCAGCUCCUCCAGUGCGAGCGGAUCGAGUUCGUCUAGACCCAGUGGAUCGAGUUCCUCCAGUGCGAGCGGAUCGAGUUCUUCUAGACCAAGCGGAUCGAGUUCAUCCAGUGCAAGUACAUCCAGUUCAGCCCCUUCGAGCAGUAGUGCCAGCAGUUCAAGCUCUAGUGUCUCUAGUAGUACAAGUAACAGUGGGUCCAGUUCAAGUAGUAGUCGAUCGAGUAGUGGCAGUAGCUCCAGUAGCAGUAGUCAAUCUAGCAGUGCUAGCAGUGCUAGCAGUUCUAGUUCUCAGAGCUCAUCGUCUGCUUCUAGUUCCAGUUCAAUUUCACCAUCGUCGACAUCUUCGCUGCCCUCAAGCACUAGUAGCUCAUCAACCUCAUCGUCGUCGUCAUCAUCAUCAAGGUCAUCAUCACAAACUUCUUCCACACAAGCACCUUCCUCAAAAACUUCAGAGAGUAACCCCAAAAAACAUACCCUUACCAGUGUGGUCGAUGGUCAAACAAUUCUUUCCAAUUACUAUACUACUGUAACGCAGAAGGCGACAGGAAGCAGUGGUUUAAAUGCCCAAAAUAAAAGUCAUAGUGGUCUUUCUCAUAAAAACAGAAAUAUCGUUAUUGGCUGUUGUGUUGGUAUUGGUGUACCAUUGUUAGUUACGAUUGGUGUCCUCAUUUACAUGUUUUGCGUUAGAUCAAGAGAAACCGAUUUUAUUGAUUCAGAUGGUAAAGUCGUUACCGCAUAUCGUGCUAAUAUUUUGACAAAAUUAUGGUAUGCAAUGCUGGGUAAGGACAUCAGUAACAAAUAUGAAUCCAAUUCGCCAUUAGGUAAUAACGGUUCACCAAUUUUACAUGAUGAUGAUUUACGUUCGUUGAGUACGGCUAGUGAUGAGGACGAUUACCAUGGAAGUGAACUAAACGGUUAUGUUUCAAGUAAUUAUACUUCAAAUUUCAAUGAUACCCCUCAACGUUUGGACACUUCUUCGCUAGCAGAAGGAACUACACAAGCGCAUAACCCACAAAAUUUGACGUUACAGGAACGGUUUUAUGACGAACAUGGAAAUGAGAUAAACGCAAGAGGUUACUAA